AUGAAGCAGCUGCUUCGCAGAGCGAGCCGCCAUGCACUCCGGCCGUUGCAGCCUCACGAGCCCUCGGCGCCGGCACUCUCUGCGCUUCGGCCAGGUAGGGGAAGUGGCAGCAGGAUCUGCAGGCCACCGGCACCCUUGUGGCCGAGCAGCUUCGGGCCCCUGCCUCCUCACGUAGCCUGGUACAGAUCUGGUCAUGUGAGCAAUGGCAUCCGCGCUUUCGCUUCCACAAGGAACCAGACCCACUACCAAGUUCUGGGCGUGUCCUCUUCAGCAUCACAGGCAGAGAUCAAGAAGGCUUAUCUUGGCGAAGCCAAGAAGUGCCAUCCGGAUCUCAACCCGUCCAAGGACGCAACGCUGAAGUUUCAAAAGCUGGCCGAGGCUUACCAGGUGCUGGGCGACCCGGACCAGCGACAGGCCUACGACCACUUCCUACGCUCGGGCGGGCAGACGUCGAGCUUCAGUGGAGCCAGGCGUUCGCCAAGCCAGGGGGCCCCACCGCCGCCGAAUGUGGACUUGGACCCCUUCGAGCUCUUCCGUGCCGUGCUGGAGGAGCUGGGAUCAGAGCGUCUGAUGGAACGCGUGCGCAUAGUUCAGAAGGAGGCCGUCGAAGCCGGAACUGCUGCACAGGCCGGGGACUUCUCCCCUGCCAAGGCCUUCGUUUGGAAGCACAAGAGCCUCGCAGCAGCCGUGCUCUUGCCCCUGGGAGUUAUCCUGCGUUUUCCGGGGCUCAUUGGUAUGGCGCUGCGGAUGUUGGGCUUGGUGGCUGCCGCCACAUUGCAGAACCCAGCCAUGCGAGAGAUGUUUGCGCGAUGGACUUGGCUUCAGUGGCGCUUGCUGGUUCAGCGUGCAUCUAGGCGGGCCCACGAGAAGAAGCGGUGA